UAACCCAACAAAUGAACAUGAGCAUUGCCAUCCCAGCUAUGGUGAACAACACAGCCCUGCCCAGCUUACCCAAUGCCUCCACAGAAAAGCCACCCACUGAAUCCCAGGAUAACUGGAAUGAAACUCUGAAGGAAUUCAAGGUUGUGGCUGCUAUGUAUGACUGGAGUCCUGAAAUCCAGGGAAUCAUCCUCAGCUCACUCAACUUUGGCUCAUUCUUGGCUCCAAUCCCUAGUGUCUUUCUGGUUGAACUAUUUGGAGCUAAGUACUUGACUGGUGCUGGCAUAUUUAUUUCCUCAGUCCUGAACCUCUUCAUUCCACUAGCAGCUGAUACUGGAGUGACUUUGCUCAUUGUCCUACGGGUCAUCCAAGGCCUCGUUCAGGUUUUGGCAUUAACAUGUCAGUAUUCAAUCUGGGCCAGAUGGGCUCCUCCAAUGGAAAGGAGUCAACUCACCACCAUUGCUCAAUCAGGGUCAGUGCUGGGCUGCUUCAUCAUCUUCCUUGCUGGUGGUCACAUCUGCCAGACCAUAGGAUGGCCUUAUGUCUUCUAUAUCUUCGGUGGAACUGGCUGCGCCUGUUCUUUUCUCUGGAUUCUUCUCAUUUAUGACGACCCCGUGAAUCAUCCGUUUAUCAGCACUAGUGAGAAGGAAUACAUCAUCUUUUCACUGGCUCAAGAGGAUUCUCCACCAGGCUGGUCUCUUCCUAUUAAGGAUAUGCUCAAAUCCCUACCACUUUGGAGCAUUCUCAUCUUUCAUUUCACUGAUUACUGGCACUUUUUUCUCAUUACAAUGUACACACCAAUAUACAUCAACUCUGUACUUCAAGCUAACAUCAGAGAUAGUGGGAUCCUGUCAGCACUGCCCUUUGCUUCUGCCUCUAUCUUCAUUGUCCUUGAAGGUCUAUUGGCAGACUUUCUCCUCUCCAGAAAGAUCCUCAAACUCAUUACCAUCAGGAAACUCUUCACCACCAUAGGGGUUCUCUUUCCAGCUGCACUCUCUGUGUCCCUUUUUUGGGUCAGAUCCAGCUUCAGCACCACUAUGGUCUUCUUGAUGCUGUCUUCUGUCAUCAAAAGCCUCAUCCAAUCAGGAGCCUUUGUCAGCUUCUUGGAUAUCGCGCCUCGGUACAGUGCCUUACUCAGGGGACUAACACAAAUAUUUUCGUACAUGGCGGGAGCCAUCUCUCCCACUGUUGCUGGAUUUCUCAUUGAGCAGGAUUCAGAGUUUGGCUGGAGAAAUGUCUUCUUGCUUGCAGCUGUUGUGGGCAUAUCAGGCCUGGUUUUCUACCUCAUCUUUGCCCAAGCAGAGGUGCAGGACUGGGCUAAAAGAAGGCAUUCACCCACUUGUGAGCAAAUCUAG